AUGACCACACAUGUUCAGGUUCGAGCGUCAGACAAUGUGCCCUCGGCAGAGAAGCUACAGGAGAUACAAGAGCACAGUGUACUCGACCACCGUGGCGGAUCUCAUACGUUGAGAUCCAUAUGGAAUGGCGAAAAGGCUACUAGUCGAGUUUUGAUUAUUUUCAUCCGACACUUUUACUGCGGUCUAUGCCAAGACUACGUGCAGACGCUGAGCGAGUCUAUAACGCCCGAGUCCCUACCAGCAGACGCAUCUGUCGUCAUCAUCGGGUGCGGUGACCCAGGUCUGAUCGACGGCUACGCCGGGCCCAUGGGGUGCCGGUUCCCCAUCUACGCGGACCCCAGUCGGCGGGCGUUCGCGGCGCUGGGCCUGGUCGAGACUCUGGACGCGGGCACCGUGGCGCCGGCGUACCAGAAGCGGUCUAUCGCGCAGCAGGCCUUCGCCGGGUUCCUCAGGGCCAUAGGCAGCAUCCCGAGGGGACUGGCGCACAAGGGCGGCGACAUGCGUCAGGUCGGCGGGGAGUUUCUCUUCCAGGACGGUGCCGUCAAGUGGUGCCACCGCAUGACGACGACGAGGGAUCACACUGAAGUGCCAGAGCUGAUGGACUUGCUUGGCUUGAGCUGA